CGGCGGGCUGCCGCGCGGCCCGCGCUCGUCGCAGCGGCGACCCUCGCGAAGAUGGCGGCGUGGCGGCCAGUCGCCCUCUCGCUCGUACUGGUGGCCGCCGCGGGGGCGUCCAACCCCGCCGCCCUCCGCGCGGGCAGCGCCCGCGCGGGCGGCGUGGGCGCGCCAGGGCCGGAGGGAGCGGGCUCGCAGGAGGGGCCCGAGGAGGUGGCGGAGGGCAGCGGGCUCGGGGAGCGGAGCAGCGCAGUGUGGCCCCCGUGGGUCGAGCCGGGGUCCUGCAACCUCGGGCAGCUAGUCUUCUUGACCGUCGUGUACGGCUUGGUGCUGUACUCGGCCUCGGGGAUGAUCGCCGAGGGCUCCGAGCUGCUGCUGGUGGUGCCGUCCAUCGCGGGGCUGGUGGGGAGCGUGGUGCUCCCGAUUCUUGGCGCUGUGCCCGACGGCAUGAUGGUGCUCUUCUCUGGCAUGGGGGAGAGCGGGCGCAGGCCCAGGAGCAGGUGAGCGUGGGCAUGGGCGCUCUGGCCGGCAGCACCGUGAUGCUCCUGACCUUCCCGUGGUUCAUCGCGAUCUACGCCGGGUCGGUGCCCAUAAAGGAUGGGCAGGCGGACUACAAGAGCCGGGCCGCUGGCACCCGCGGGCUGAGCAGCAGCGGUGUUAGGGUCGACAGCCAGAUAAAGGACCAGAGGAGGUAG